CCGGCAGCGGCGCGGAUGGAGCCCGGCAGCAGCGGCUGCCUGCGCAGCGCGCAGCGCCCCGCGCCCAGCGCAGCGCCGGGGCUCGGCCGCGGCCCCGCGGCGCCCUUCUCCUUCCAGCAGAAAGCACUCUGCGCCGCUUACCCCGACUUCUCAGCCUCCUGCCUGGUGACAGCUCCGCACAGCUUCCCCCAGGAGCAGCGCCCCUCGUUCCACUGCCCCGAGUGGCACCUGGCAGCAGGAGACAGCGCGGGACUGGCCCUGGGUGCUGGCGAGGCACAGGGCAGCAGCCCCAGCCUGCUGAGGCUGCCUGUGCCUCUGGAGGAAGAUGAGGAGGCAGCGGCGAACCCUACAAGUGACUCUGAGAAAAAGCCAUCCCGAAGGAAAAAGGAAAGCGCAGAGAGCCAGAGCUCAAGCAACAAGGCAGAAACCAGCAGCAAGUCACGGAAGGAAAGGACAGCUUUCACCAAGGAGCAGCUGCGGGAGCUGGAAGCUGAAUUUGCCCACCACAACUACUUGACGAGGCUCAGGAGAUACGAGAUCGCUGUGAACCUGGAUCUCACCGAAAGACAAGUCAAAGUAUGGUUUCAAAACAGAAGGAUGAAGUGGAAACGUGUUAAAGGUGGCCAAGCAGUGCCCCUACAUGAACAUGACAUGGAGGAUGUGGACUCUGCUGCCUCCCCCAGCUCUGAGUAGUCCCUGCAGCAGUGGGAGAGGAGUUUGGAGAAAGCCAUUGAUCGGAAUGUGGGUGCAACUGCUUAGAAUCAGCUACACAGUGAGAUCUCCCUGCCUGGCAAUCCUGUAGCCCAUAGUCUCUAAAAGGUUCAUGAUGCUUGAGGUUACAGAGGCAAUUAAAGAGCACAGGAGGGAAAAAAGCCAAAGGAGAGCAUGGUUUUGAUUUUUGUCUCUCAAACUGUCUUACUACCACAGAUGUGUCUACAGAAAAAAAACAACAAACACUGAAUGUAAAACAGGAGUAAUGUUGUCAAGAGUCUCAAACAUCCAGAAAAUCCAGAUUGCUAGUCAGCAUAUGCAGCUCUGUUCUCAUCCAGGCUUCCCCUGGUCACACCUAUUCAGUCUGCAUUUGGGCUUGACAAUGCACAUUUUCCCUGUGCCCUACUUGGAGAGAAAUAAAUACUUUGAUUGUCACUGA